AUAUGCGUACUUCCCCCUUCCCUUCCUCCCCCUCUCGCGUCGCUCAAUAUUCCUAUACCUCGAUUUUGUCACAAAUCUUUCUAUUUCUUCAGCAAAAUCCGUAGAUUUUAUGUAGUGUAGCGAUCCCAAACUCUCUCGCUUCAGUUCAAGUCCGCGUUUUCCCUUCUAUUUCUUUCCCAUUUUAUGUGAUUUCUUGAGUCCCUCUUGGUGCUGUUCUUGGUAAAGCAAGUUAUUAUUCGUCCUUCUUUUGGAAUUUCUGCACAAGGAGGAGAGUUUUGUCUUCGCAAUCUUGCGGCCAUGUUCACCGAAGGGCUUGCUCCCGGCGACGUCCGUUGGGUUCGUGAGGGCCUCUCGUCUGCCACGAGCGCGCAGCACCGAAUUGACCCCCUCCGCGGCCUCCGGAAUGGCGGGCGGGGGCUGGGGAUCCCACCGCCGGAGAAAUUUCGCAGCGGGCACUUGCCGCUGGGCGCGAUCCCGAUGUCUCGCACCCUCCCGACUCGCGAUGGUAGCGAGUCCGGCUCCGACAUGGAUGAGUCAUCCGAUACCGAGGUGGAGACCUACGGUCGGCACUCUGCCGAUUCGUCCCCCCAGGAUGAGAUCUCGGGUCAGAGAUUCCCCGGUGGAGCGUUCCCAGCAGCUGGAAUUGGCAAUCGGUAUGCUGGUCUGGGAUCAGUUCAGCAUUAUUACUCUAGUGAUGGGUACUCAGACAUUAGCUCGUCAGUGGAUACCAUUCGGAAACAGGCACCGCAGAUGAGGAAGCCAGUUCAUUCUAACGGCUAUAUGAAAGAGGAGGAUGAGGAAGAUGGGCUGUCGGAUUCUGGAGGGAGCUCAGAUUUCUCAAGUCAGAUAGAGAGGCAGAAUGACAGUGUCACUGCAUCUUUGAGAGGCGAGAGCUCUUCACGUAAUGUCCCCUUGAGAGGAGCUGCAAAUGACAAUGCCGAAACCAUUGGUGUGCCUUCAAAAGUAGGCUACAGUGCCCAUAGUUACACUCACGAAGCUUCUUCCAGGGAAGGUCUGAAUGUGGUGCCAAAUAAGUUUGAUGUAGCUUCACGGGGUGUUUAUCAUGCAAAGAGCUAUUCCAGCCAUGCUCCCUUUGGUGAUGACACGACAGAUGCGGGUGGUCUGUCUGAUGUUCCAAGUGCUCCUCCAAUUCAUUGUUAUGAUCAGGACACAGCUGAUGCUCCAGAUCAAAUGGCGGCUGCAAGACCUUGUGCUGCUCCUCAUCCUUCUGCUGGAAAUGGUUCAACUGUAAUGAAGGAGUCAACUCGGAGUGGUAAUGCCAGAUUCAAUAUGCCUGAACAGAACACCAGUCUGCCACAAAGGAGCACUUCAAAUCCAGAAGCUGCUAAAUCCUCUAGCUUAUUACCAGCUCGUAUUCCAACUUUUCAUGCAAGUGUUCAAGGGCCUUGGUAUUCUGUCAUUGCUUAUGAUGCAUGUGUUCGGCUAUGCCUUCAUUCAUGGGCCAGAGGUUGCAUAGAAGCUCCCAUUUUCUUGGACAAUGAAUGCACGCUUCUGCGAGAUGCAUUUAGCUUGCGCCAAAUUUUGCUACAAUCAGAGGAAGAGCUUCUGGCAAAACGGUCUCCAGAGCUUGUUAGCGAAGGAGCUGGGCCAAAGCCUAAAAAGAUUAUAGGCAAGAUGAAGGUUCAAGUUCGCAAGGUCAGAAUGGCACUAGAUAUGCCUUCUGGAUGCAGUUUUUCACCCUUGAGUUUGCCAAUGGUCAAACUAGAGUCACUUCAGUACCGUAUGUCCAAUCUGCAGUCAACUCUCUCAUCGGGAUGGGAAUCACUUCGUAAAGUUCGUGUUAUGCCUCGUUUACCAGCCAAUAGUUCUUUCUCGAGGCAUAGUUUGGCAUAUAUGCACGCUAGUGCUCAGUAUAUUAAACAAGUUUCUGGCCUACUUAAAACUGGAGUUACUUCUUUGCGCAGUAGCAGUUCAUCAUAUGAAGUAAUGCAAGAAACAUACUCUUGUCAGUUAAAGCUCAAAAGUUCCCCUGAAGGGGAAUGUAUUCGAAUGCAACCUGGAUCGGGUGAAACACAUGUCUUCUUUCCUGAUAGCAUAGGUGAUGAUUUAAUUGUUGAUGUCUAUGAUUCCAAAGGCAAGUCAUGUGGGCGGGUAUUGGUCCAAGUUGCUUGCAUUGCUGAUGAUCCUGUAUGUGUACCAUUUCAAACUAAUAUACAUUUUCCAGCUUUCAUAAUAAUUAUCCUCCUGAACCUGUUAUUUUCUUUCGUGCAGAGUGACAAACUUCGAUGGUGGUCCCUUUAUCGUGAACCAGAGCAUGAACUUGUAGGCCGAAUACAACUACACAUAAACUACAUGACUAGUCCUGACGAGAACAGUGCUUUAAAGUGUGGUUCUGUUGCAGAAACAGUUGCAUAUGAUAUUGUUCUGGAAGUUGCAAUGAAAGCCCAACAAUUCCAGCAAAGGAACUUAAUGCUGCAUGGACCAUGGAAAUGGUUACUAACAGAAUUUGCUUCAUAUUAUGGGGUUUCAGAUGCUUACACGAAAUUGAGGUAUCUUUCUUAUGUUAUGGAUGUAGCAACCCCUACAGCUGACUGUCUCACAUUGGUUCAUGAUCUGCUGUUACCUGUGAUUCUAAGGAGCCGUAGUAAAAACUCGCUAAGUCAUCAAGAGAACCGCAUUCUAGGAGAAACACAGGAGCAAGUUGAGCAAGUUCUUGCUAUGGUAUUUGAGAAUUACAAGUCCUUGGAUGAAUCCUUACCCUCGGGAAUGUCCGAAGUUUUUAGGCCUGCCACUGGGUCUCCUGCACCAGCAUUGAUACCUGCUAUGAAGUUAUUCACACUUCUUCAUGAUAUACUGUCUCCAGAGGCACAGCUGAAGCUAUGCAGUUAUUUUCAGACUGCUGCCAAGAAGAGAUCAAGAAGACACUUGCUUGAAACUGAUGAGUAUAUAGCAAGCAAUAAUGAAGCAAAUAGGAUGGAUGUUGUUGGCUUUUCUACUGCAUAUCAGAAGAUGAGGACGCUGUGCUUCAAUAUCCGAAAUGAAAUUUUUACUGACAUUGAAAUCCAUAAUCAACAUGUGCUUCCAAGCUUUCUAGACUUGCCAAAUCUAUCUGCAUCCAUUUAUGAUGUUGAGCUCCAUAGUAGAUUGCGGGCCUUUCUAGUUGCAUGCCCUCCUAGUGGCCCUUCACCACCUGUGGCAGAUCUUGUUAUUGCAACUGCAGAUUUCCAAAAAGAUCUCUGUAGCUGGAAUAUCUGUCCUGUCAAAGGUGGUGUUGAUGCAAAAGAGUUGUUCCACUUGUAUAUCAUGUUAUGGAUAAAGGAUAAACGCCUUGCAUUACUUGAAUCUUGCAAAUUAGAUAAGGUAAAAUGGUCAGGAGUUUGUACACAACAUAUGACCACUCCUUUUGUGGAUGACAUGUAUGACCGACUGAAAGAGACAUUGAAUGAGUUUGAGGUCAUCAUCUGCCGUUGGCCAGAGUACACUUCUUAUCUUGAAGUUGCUAUUGCAGAUAUUGAGAAAGCAGUGAUUGAAGCUUUGGAGAAGCAGUAUGCAGAUGUAUUGGCUCCACUGAAGGACAGUAUGAUGCCAAAGAAAUUUGGCCUCAAAUAUGUUCAGAAACUUGCUAAGCGAAAUUCAGUUUAUCCUUAUACUGUGCCUGAUGAUCUAGGGAUUCUUUUGAACACCAUGAAAAGGUUGCUCGAUGUCUUACGACCCAAGAUAGAAAUGCAGUUUAAAUCAUGGGGUUCUUGUAUACCUCAUGGUGGGAAUGCAGUUGCUGGUGAAUGCCUCAGCGAAGUGACUGUGACAUUGAGAGCGAAGUUCAGGAAUUAUUUGCAGGCUGUAGUAGAAAAGCUCAUGGAGAAUACUCGAGCACAAAACACGACAAAGCUCAAGAAGAUCAUCCAAGACUCGAAAGAUCUGGUGGAGUCUGUUAUUCGUAGUAGAAUGCAGCCCUUAAAGGAUCAGCUAAUUCAGACCAUCAACAGCCUCCAUAAAGUAUUUGAGGUUCAUGUAUUUGUCGCAACAUGUCGCGGCUUAUGGGAUAGGAUGGGACAGGAUGUUCUUAAAUUUCUGGAGAAUAGGAAAGAGAACAGGGCAUGGUAUAAAGGUUCACGAGUUGCAAUUGCUGUUUUGGAUGACACGUUUGCAUCUCAGAUGCAACAGCUACUCGGUAACAUGCUGCAAGACCAAGAUUUGGAACCUCCCAGAUCAAUCUUGGAGGUGCGUUCAGUGCUCUGCAAGGAUGCACCUGUUCAGAAUAAUUCCAACUUCUACUAUUAAGUUGUAUAUAUAUAUCUGAAGACAAGUAUUUGCUACACAUGAGCUUUUGGUAGCAUCCUCCCAAAAAUGGUUAGCGGCAGACCUGCAAUUUGUAGAUGGAACCAUGUGAUGAUCUCUAAAUAACAAGAGAGUGAAAAGGAUGCUUCCUUGGCAGCUAGCUUAUGGUUAUUUGUACAGACAAGAUCGAUAUGAGCUGCUUACUAAUGUGUAGCAGAACAGAGAAGUUAUCAACGUAGCUCUUUAUGCUAUUCUAAAGAUUCUUUUAGGAGAGUUUUUCCGGUGUUAUAUGUACCAUGGGAAUUAAGGUGCAUCAGAUGCCAAUGCUAUUAGAUAGGAGUUGCUAUUAUAAGUAUUCCUAAGGGUAUUAAGCAGUGAUUAUAAAUGUGUAUUUAGUUGUCUGACUAAUGUCGAGCGUUCUUGGCUCACCAUGCAACAACUGUUUUCAUUUUAAUCUUUGGAAGUUGGUUUUUUAUUUUUGAGGAACUUUCAUGCUACAGAGUUGCAUCUGCACUUGUAACCCUAAAGUGACUGCCCAUGAAAAGGAUGCUACAGAGUUGCAUCAGACUCGGUCUUGUAUCGAGGCAAUGCUUUUUCUGCUCCA